AAUAUAAUAAAAAAAUAAUGUUAAAUUUAAUAAAAAUAAUAUUGUAUAUUUUCUAAUUGGAAUAAUACGUUUACUGCUAAUUGAACCACCACAUAUUUGGUGGGCGGGUGUGUUGUGAGUGUUUUUUAUGUUGCCAGCUCUGCGUUCUUCUGCGUCCACUUCCGUUGGAUUCAAUCAUAACACGCGCGGAGAUACCACCGUCGUACUUCACUUCGCCCUCAAUAAAUAAAUCCCCGACCCCACUUCGCAUCCCAUUUUAAACGAAACACUUUUGGAUAUUUAUGUAACAAGUGUGUAUAUUGCUGAUUUUAUGUGUUGAGUAGCAAGUAGAAAAGCAGAAAAAAAAAUAAAAUAAAAUAUAAUAAUAAUAGCACAAAGAAAAACAAAAAGAACUUACUUCAAAAAUAAGAAAGAGAAAACAACAAAAAAUAUUGUGAAAAUUCUCCAUCGUGAAAGUCUCAGUAACUAAACCAACAAAUAUUAAAGCGCAAAUAUGUAUGUUUUGCAUACUGUUUUCUGGGAAAUUAUAUAUGAUUCGGGAAUCAUCAGUUGGUUGUUCUGUGGCAUUUUAUGAAUGAGACGAAUUAUUGAGAUAAGCUAAGCUAGUCACUGUUGAUGUUUUCAUUUCCUCUUUAGAAAUUCCAAUCUAGACUUUGGAUAUAAAUUUCCAUGAAAUAUUUGGUCAUCAAUUAAUUUGAAAGAAGCCUGCAGAUUAUUUUAAAUAUGACAAGUCCAGACAAAAGAAUUUCACCUCAUGAUAUUGUGCGAGAAGUUGGUCCAGACGAAAGAUUACAUAUAACACCGGGUUCACUUACAUUAGAUUUUAAACCAGUACCUACGAGUGAUAUUAAUCAACAAAUACUUGAGUUAAAAAAGGAGCAAGAGUUACAAAAACAAAUGCUGUUACAUACAUUUCAAGAACAAACAAAACAACUUGAGCUGCAGCAUAAACUCCAGUUGGAACAUAAGUUUCAGUAUGCGGUGAAUACACAUGGCGCUUUCCAUGAAUUACGAGAACAGAGACUUGCAACUGCAGUGGAAGAACAACAACAAAGGGAGCGGCGGGAACGUGAAGUUAUAAAACGUAAGGAGAACUGUAGUGCAAAUGCCAGUCCUGAAGUGAAACAAAUACUUAAUUGUUUUAUUUUGAAUCGUAAACAAGGAGUUUCUUCUAAUGGCAUGUCAACAACUUCACCAUAUAGGAAUAGGGGUGUUGUUAAAAGUUCUUCAGGCGAAUCUUUACCAGCAGGUGCUGUAGCAAGUGCUCAUCCAUACAAAAUACCUCAACCUCCGUCAUCGCUUUUGAAAUAUGAAUCAGAUUUUCCAUUGCGUAAAACAGCAUCCGAACCAAAUUUGCUGAAGAUACGGUUAAAACAGAGUGUCAUCGAGCGUAAGGCAAGAAUUAGUGGUCCAGCUGGAGUACGACGACAAGAGCGCCACGAGCGCAUAUUGCAAGCUGCACAACGGAGGCAACAAAAGCAAAAUUCUGUUUUAUCAAACUGCAAUAGUACACCUGAUUCAGGUCCUAAUUCUCCACCAUCAUCUAGUUUAUCAGCGAGUGUAGUUGGAAGCAGAGGCUCGCCGACAAGUGCACCUAUACAAGAAGAGAAUGAAGAGGGUAGUCAUUAUCAUCCAGGUCAAAGAAGUAGUAUCAAUGACUUAUCACUCUUUAGUUCACCUUCUAUGCCAAAUAUUUCGCUUGGCCGUCCACAUUUACCGAAUGUUCCCGCGAAUGCAGCUAAUCUUGCUAUGCUGGCAGCGUUGCGAAAUGCUAAUAUGCAAACAUAUUAUAAUCCUUUAGCAGUGACAUAUGGACGUCAACCUCCACCGCCGCCGCCUCCUACAUCGAUGGUACCACCUAAUGCUGGCAAUAGUGUUGUACCACUACCAUCAUCACCAGUUGUACGCUCUGCUUCUGCUACAUCAACAUCUUCAUCUCAAGCUUCAAUUAUAAGCGACGUACCACCACAAGCUCAUGCUGCUUCUUCAAAUGCUUCACUUAUCCAAAUGGCUAAUGUAGGCGGUAGUUAUGUUAUUCCAACAGGAGUAAGUCAACAAAUUUACGGGCAACCAAUAACUGAUGCACAAGUUGCCCAAGCCCAUUUGAACAAACAAGGCCAUCGACCACUGGGGCGAACUCAAUCAGCACCUCUUCCACUAGGCCAUCCAAUGCUAACAAGUACCGGCCAAAUUAAUAUAUCACAAACUCAUUACGAAAACAGUGAUGCUGAGCGCCAAGCUUAUGAGCAUCUCUUGCUUAAUCAAAAGAUACGACAAACAGUUUUGAUUAGAAGUGGCGCUGUACGCGAACCUCUGCUUAAAGAAGAAGAUGAUUCUGCUGAAGUAAUUGACUUGACGGAUAAAAAGAAACCUCCAAAGACAGUUUUAACAAGUACUGUCGUCACGAGUACCUCACAAAAUUUACCAGAAGCAACUGCAGCGCCAAUUAUUGCAUGCACCCCCCAUAAACCCAGUAAAAUCAGAGAUCAGGACUAUUUACAACAGCAACGAGAACUAUUGUAUAAGCAAAAUCUUCAGAUUGACGAUGCUGUGGCAAGAGGACUCAUACGUCCACUUUCCCGUACCUUAUCCAGUCCUUUAGUACAUUUAGGUCCACACGGUUUAAGUCAAAUUCCAGAUACCGGACAGCAUCCUACACCAAUUGCAACAUCAUCUUCUGCUGAUCAUAUUCCUCCAGUUAAUCUCACUUUACCACAUAAACGCCAUAUGCUUGAGUACUCCAACACAUCAAGUAUGUGUAUGUCUAUUCCUACUAUAGGAGCACAAUCCACAAAUACCGCAUUAAGUUUAAAAAGUCCACAUGGACUGCCUUCGCACAAAAUUACUACGGGUUUAGCCUAUGAUAAUCUCAUGUUAAAGCAUGCUUGCAUAUGUGGCAAUAACUCAUUACAUCCAGAGCACAGUGGUCGUUUACAAAGCGUUUGGGCCCGAUUAAAUGAAACUGAUUUAGCAAAACGAUGUGAUCGAUUACGAUCACGAAAAGCAACGCAAGAAGAAUUGCAAACAGUACAUACCGAAGCACAUUCUCUGCUUUUUGGUUCAAAUCAAUGUCAACUAAGUCGACAAAAACUUGAAAGUAUUCCAUCCGUAAGUUUUGUACGUUUAUCGUGUGGUGGUGUUGGUGUUGAUUUAGACACAACUUGGAAUGAACAAAAUACAGCGUCUGCUGCUCGAAUGGCUGCUGGUUGUGUGAUUGAUUUAGUUUUCAAAACAGCUAAGGGUGAUAUUAAAAAUGGUUUUGCUGUAGUACGUCCACCAGGGCAUCAUGCUGAAGCCAAUUUGGCGAUGGGAUUUUGUUUUUUUAAUUCAAUAGCGAUUGCAGCGAAAUUAUUACGACAAAAAAUGCCUGAUAUGAAACGAAUUUUAAUAGUUGAUUGGGAUGUACAUCAUGGCAAUGGCACACAACAAGCAUUUUAUGAUAACCCUGACGUUUUAUACCUAUCUAUUCAUAGACAUGAUGAUGGAAAUUUCUUUCCUGGAACUGGUGGUCCCACUGAAUGUGGUACUGGCUCUGGUUUGGGAUUUAAUGUCAACAUAUCUUGGUCCGGUGCACUAAAUCCACCUUUAGGCGAUGCCGAAUACAUUGCUGCAUUCCGCACAGUUGUAAUGCCAAUAGCAAAAUAUUUCAAUCCGGAUAUUGUUCUUGUCUCAGCAGGAUUUGAUGCUGCAGCGGGUCAUCCAGCACCAUUAGGUGGUUAUUUAGUAUCACCAGCAUGUUUUGGCUUUAUGACACGUGAACUUAUGCAAUUGGCUAAUGGAAAAGUUGUAUUAGCACUUGAAGGUGGUUAUGAUUUACCUGCAAUUUGUGAUUCGGCACAGGAAUGUGUACGUGCAUUACUGGGUGAUCCACUCAUUCCAAUAGUUGAAAGUGAGUUAAAUAGACGACCAUGCCAGAAUGCCAUCGAUACUCUACAAAAAACGAUUGCAAUACAGCUACAACAUUGGCCCUGUGUGCGCAGACUCUCAGAUACUGUUGGUAUGUCUGCAAUUGAGGUGCUUAAGAUCGAACAUGAUGAGUCAGCAACGGUAACAGCAAUGGCAGGACUUUCAAUGCAUAGAACACUCUCACGUGAUAACUCAGAAGAACCUAUGGACCAGGAUGAAGUUAAGUAAUGUGAUAUGCCAGCAUGGAAACAACUCAGUUUCAAAACUUCGGAACUUGAUAAGUUUUUAUUAUAAAAAAAUAUAUAUAUGUGAAAAAUAUAUAUUAUAUAAAUAUAUAUAUAUAUAUAAUUACUUUUUGUAAAUGCAAUGUGCAAUGCAAUGCAAAGUGCAAAUUUUUUUGUAUUUGGUAUAUA